UCAGGCUUGGAUUUUUCCUGCUGCCUGGUUAGUGACCCUCCUACAGGAAGAUAACAGACAAACCAGGAGGGCGGGGCAGCCUGCUACACAUGUCUGACUGCUCUUAUCAACUUAUCAUAUAAGGAAAAGAAAGUGAUUGAUUCUGAUCCUGACACCGCAAAAUCUGGGGGAAGAGAAACAGAACAGUAUUAAAGCUGAUCUCUACAGCACAGGCAGCUCUCACCAGCCAGCAGAGCCAGACUUUCCUGCCACGAGCUGACAGUUAACUGCGGGACCCGAGACAGGACAGAGCUGCACACCAAACUGCUGCUGGGCUGGAAAGACAGGAGCAGAGGCAGACCCUUCUUUGAUGGACCCUGUGCACUGGCAACCCUGUCCUGCCUUCUUCCAGGGGCCUGUGUAGGACUCUGGACUCUCCUUGCACCGUGACGCUUAUUAGCCCGGUGGAGCUAGUUGCUGAGGGAGAGAAUGUGGCAAAUUGUUUGCUUGACUUUGAGCUGUGAUCUUGUCCUCACUGCAGCCUACAGCAACUUUCGGAAGAGCAUGGAGAGUGUGGGCAAGAGGCAGUAUCAGGUUCAGCAUGGUGCCUGCAGCUACACAUUUCUCCUGCCUGAGAUGGACAACUGCCGCUCUUCACCCAGCUCCUACGUGACCAACUCUGUGCAGAGGGACGCGCCAACACUGGACUAUGACGACUCAGUGGAGCGGCUGCAGGUGUUGGAGAACAUCAUGGAAAACAACACACAGUGGCUCAUAAAGCUUGAAAAUUACAUCCAGGACAGUAUGAAGAAGGAAAUGGUGGAGAUGCAACAGCAUGUAGUCCAGAACCAGACUGCUGUGAUGAUAGAAAUUGGGACCAACCUACUAAACCAAACAGCUGAACAGACACGGAAGCUGACAGAUGUUGAAGCUCAGGUAUUAAACCAGACAACAAGACUUGAACUUCAGCUUCUGGAACAUUCCCAGUCUACGAACAAAUUGGAAAAACAGAUAUUGGAUCAAACAAGUGAAAUAAACAAAUUGCAGAAUAAGAACAGUUUGCUAGAAAAAAAAGUACUAGACAUGGAAGAUAAGCACAUAGUUCAACUGCGGUCAAUGAGAGAAGAGAAAGAUCAGCUCCAGGUGUUAGUAUCCAAGCAAAAUUCCAUCAUUGAAGAACUGGAAAAACAGCUAGUGACUGCCACAGUGAAUAAUUCAGCUCUUCAAAAGCAGCAACAUGAUCUGAUGGAGAAAGUUCAUAAUCUACUGACUAUGAUCUCAACACCAAUUCCCUCUAAGAACACUCCCCUGACUAAAGAAGAACCAGUCACAUUCAGAGACUGUGCAGAGGUAUUCAAAUCAGGGGUCACUGUCAGUGGGAUGUAUACACUGACAUUUCCAAACUCCACAGAGGAUGUCAAGGCCUACUGUGACAUGGAAACCAGUGGAGGGGGGUGGACAGUGAUUCAGCGGCGUGAAGAUGGCAGCGUGGACUUUCAGAGGACUUGGAAAGAAUAUAAAGUGGGGUUUGGGAACCCUUUGAGUGAAUACUGGCUGGGAAAUGAGUUUGUAUCACAAGUGACCAACCAGCAGCGCUACAUGCUUAGAAUCCACUUCAAAGACUGGGAAGGGAAUGAGGCAUAUUCUCUGUAUGAACAAUUCUAUCUCUCCAGUGAGGAGCUCAAUUACAGGAUUCACCUUAAAGGACUUACUGGGACAGCCGGAAAAAUCAGCAGCAUAAGCCAACCAGGAAAUGAUUUUAGCACAAAGGAUGCAGACAACGACAAAUGCAUUUGCAAAUGCUCACAGAUGCUCACAGGAGGCUGGUGGUUUGAUGCUUGCGGUCCUUCCAACUUGAACGGAAUGUACUACCCACAGAGGCAGAACACAAACAAGUUCAAUGGGAUCAAGUGGUACUACUGGAAGGGAUCUGGGUACUCACUCAAGGCCACAACCAUGAUGAUCCGGCCAGCAAACUUCUGAAGGCCCAUGCACACCUGUGGGAUGGGUGCCAUUCUGCUUUUUGAAAUGCCACAGCUCUCAAGGACAGCCACAAGCUUGUGGCCAUCCUGUCUUACACUUUAGACAGAGGGCACAGUGGUGGGAGCACAGGGAUCCCUGCAUCCCAGCAAAAGCUGGAAAAAUUCAGCUCUUAAGAUGCAUUGCUCUGCAAAUCCAAGCACCCUCUCCUGAACGAGUCACAGUCUGGGAUCAGGACCUGGGAGCAGACCCCUCCAAAGAUCAAUUGGAGGUUGUGAUGCGGACUGACAAAUGACAGACUCUGUUGUCACAACCGAGAAUGUGACCAUGUGAGCCCAUCAGUAAAUAACUGGAAAACAGAACAUAAAUGCUCCAGGGUAAACAUCAUCUGGGAACUGCAUUCUUUUAGGCACUGUUUAUAGAUUCUGUAAAUAGUCAUGCAUCCUCAAUUCAGCUUCACUAUCAUAAUUAAAAAGAAGACAAAAUCUUCUCUAAGUCAUAUAAAAACACAUCAUAUAUUCAGGGAUUUUUUUUCUUCUUAGUGGCUAUCAGCAGUUUAAUAUUUGGAGGAGAAAAACCAUAACAAAAGCACCUUCUACUCCUCCUCUCUAGGUGCUUUACAUUUUGGAAACAGUAUAUUUACACAGUGUUGACAGCUUACUUUUAAGUUAAUGCUCAAACUUAUAUUUCAAGUUCAUAUGAUGAAAACUUCCAGGCUCUCUAGAAUCAUCAGUAGAAUCACGGGGUCUUUUAGUUUAUAUAAAGAUUGUACUAUUUCUUUCUUUUGCUGUCCGAUUGUUAAAUAUGAAGGUAUUUGAGUAAUUAAAUAUAACUUAUUAGGUGAGAUGACUACA